GAAUGUUUAUUUGUCAUUCAUAGGCCCUGAAGGGGACGCGCUGCUGCGGGUGGUCCAUAAGCGCAAGUUCAUUUGGUGUUUAGCUGAUGGCGCAUAUACAUAUCUUGACAGUAUUGGCUUAAUUUACAAUUACGUCAGUGGAUGGUCGACUGAAUUGUCUUCCAUUAGCCAUGGCUUAUCAACUGUACAGGAAUACGACACUGGGUAACAGUCUUCAGGAAAGCUUGGAUGAGCUAAUACAGUCUCAACAGAUCAACCCUCAACUUGCACUUCAGGUUCUGCUACAGUUUGACAAGGCUAUUAAUUCAGCAUUGGCACAGCGGGUCAGAAACAGAGUCAACUUUAGGGGAUCCUUAAACACUUAUAGGUUUUGUGACAAUGUAUGGACCUUUGUGUUGAACGAUGUCGAGUUCAGAGAGGUUACUGACCUAGUGAAGGUGGAUAAAGUUAAAAUUGUUGCCUGUGAUGGAAAAAACACCGGUUCAAACACUGCAGAGUAAGAAAAAUGGAAUAUUUCUCUAAAUGGUUUCUGUUGGUCAGCGGCCUUUCCAGGAAUAUAACGGACACGACUGUUUAUUUAUUUCAAUGAUACAGCCAAAAGAAGCUAUCCUACAGCAUUCACUCGAGAUUUGGAAAAUUUCUUUUUCUACUUACAUGUAGCACACAAAAGCUUCCUAUAUAAGGUUUUUUCUUUUUCUUUUUAAUACUAAAUGUGAAGUUGCCUUUUUUUUCUUUUUUCAACAUGUCUAAUAAACUUUUAUUUAACAAAAGGAAAAUGUAUCUUUAAACCAAAUGCUUAUGGGUUAAAUUACAACGGAUAUGGGGCUACACAGGGACUACAUGGGACUAAGAAGCUAUCUGGGAGCUGUGAGAUAAAACUAGCUUUUGGCUCUUGCUGAGCAAAA